AUGCACGAAGAACCCGACUGUAACCAGCUGAGGCAGCAGCUGCGCGGAAUGAUGGGAAGAGAACCAGGAACUUGCUGUUUCAAGCGGUUUGCAAGCCGUGGGCUACUGGCAUCCUCUGUGUGGGUGCCAAGGCAAUGGCUUGCACUGCUGUUGGACCAAUGUGCAAGCGCCGCUGUGGUUUUUCAUCUAAUGGCCUGUCCAGACACUGUCAUCGUCAAUUUGACUGCAGUGGCGAGCGUGCUUUUUUAUAGAGAAGUGUUCCCAGAUCUUCACAUGAAUCUUACGUGGACAGUAGUCGGUUUCGCACUGGUCUUCCCGUUGCAGACCGCUAUCAGGGAAGCUUUCAAGCGAAGAGAGCAAGCGCUCAUGGCCAUCAGCGACUUCCGAGCGACGUUGAUGAAUGUGUACCUGGCCAACCAGAUCUGGGACUGGCCCGGCGCUGAUGCCUGGUACGGCCGAGCUGAAGACAACGUGCCCAGAGAACAGGGUGGUCAUGGAAAGAAGAAGGGGUCUUUCAAAGAUACGCCGCUCCCUCCCCAGCAUGGACAACGGGUUUUCGGUCUGCUCGUCAGACUGGUCGAAGCCAUGCAGGAACUCCUGCUUGUACCACGUCGUGGAAGAAGUCGUCAAGAAUUUUUCACUUGCGUUUCCCCCGAGAAAGAGAUGGUCGAGGACGCCGAGCUGAAGGGUCGCUCUGCAGUGUUGAAGUUGCUCGGCCGCCUCCAUAGAGCGACGGAGGAGCUAAAGGCCGCAGGCAUGCCUGCAAAUGAGGCCAGCCGGAUCAAUCAGUACAACAUGUUCUUGUGUCGGGACUUCGAGCGAUUAUGGAGUUUCAAAACAUACCGCACCCCGACGACACUCCGAUCAGUCUGCCGUGUAAGCAUUCAAGUGUUUCCCUUUUUCUUCGGGCCAUAUUAUUUGCAUCUUAUUAAGACCUACAGUCCAGACUCUGACGUGACGGAUUCAAUCUUGCGGCACCGUUUCAUUUUUGCUUGUUUAUUUUCUUGUUUGACCUCAACUACGCUUGUUGCACUUCUCAACGUCGCCGUUGCCCUGGAAAAUCCGUUCAGGCCUGGCUCUACCGAUACAAUUCGUGUGCAAGAGGAAUUUCAGCUGUGUCGUGAGGCUCUUCAAGAGGCGAUGCAGGAUCAGGAGGAGGCAUGGUACGAGCGCUUCGAGUUCGAGUGGGAGGUGUUGCGUUCUCCUGGUGACGAUGGAAGCACCAGUGACGGAGACGCGUAA